AUGGAUACAAGUGGCUACUUUAGCCCAGAUGGAAUGUCAGACACCAGCAGCAGCUAUGGGCUCUCUGUAGGAGGACAAUCUCAGGGUUUGGACUCUCCUACUGCACUGCUUGGAUUUCCUGAUACCAGUGAAAAGUUGUUUGCAGACAGUCCACCUUCCAUGAGCGAGGACUCUGGCAUGCAGUGUGUGCUCAGGUCUGUCCCCAAGCGACUAUGCCUAGUGUGUGGAGACACGGCCUCAGGAUAUCAUUAUGGAGUGGCUUCAUGUGAGGCCUGCAAAGCAUUCUUCAAACGCACAAUACAAGGUAACAUAGAAUACAGUUGUCCUGUGGUUAAUGACUGUGAAAUUACCAAGCGGCGGAGGAAGUCUUGUCAAGCCUGUCGCUUCCGCAAGUGCCUGAAAGUUGGGAUGAUGAAGGAAGGGGUGAGGUUGGAUCGGGUUCGAGGUGGGAGACAAAAGUACAGACGACCAGUGGAAGCUGAAGCUCCAGACCCCUGCAGCUUUCUCAACACCCAUCACUCACUAUCUGGAAAGAAGACAACAAAUAAAGUGGUGUCACAUUUGGUUUUGGUCGAACCCGGAGAAAUAUUUGCCAGCCCUGACCUCAACCUUCCAGACAGCGACCUGCGAACACUGACUACACUGUGUGAGCUAAUCAAUCGCGAGCUUCUUGUCACCAUUGGCUGGGCCAAGCAUGUUCCAGGUUUCUCUGUCCUUUCCCUGGUAGAUCAAAUGGCUCUUCUGCAGAGCGCUUGGAUGGAAGUCUUGAUCCUGGGCAUCGUCUAUCGCUCUCUAGAGCUGGACAAUGAGCUGGCAGUUGCGGAGAACUUCUUGUUGAGUAGGGAAGAAUGCCGUAGCUCUGGCCUCUUGAACCUUCAUUCUGUACUUCUCCAGCUAGUCAGGAAAUAUCGGAAGACAAAGUUAGACAAAGAAGAAUUUGUCACACUAAAAGCCAUGGCUCUCGCCAAUUCAGAUUCCAGCAGCAUCGAGAAUGUGGAGGCUGUCCUGAACCUACAAGAUCGUCUUCACGAGGCCCUUCAGGACUAUGAGAGGGAGCACCAUGCCGAGGAUCCACACCGUUCUGGUAAACUCCUCAUGACCUUGCCGCUACUCCGCCAGACGGCAAAUGAAGCUGUGCGCACUUUCUGCCAGAUGAGACUGGAGGGGAGAAUCCCGAUGCACAAACUUUUCCUGGAAAUGUUGGAGGCCAAGAUGUGA